UCAGAAUGUUACCAUCGCCUUAAAAAUAUCGAAAUCUUAUUAGAAAUAUUGAAUUUAUAUAGAAAUUGCAUCUUAGAUUAGUUUUGUCCGCUGCAUAUUAUUAUUUUUUUAUAUUAAUAUUGUUUUAAAAAAAUGACGCAACCAAAAAUUGAUGAGUAACGUAAUCAUAGAAACUUUUUCACAAAUUUUUAAUAACGAAGCCAUAAAAGCUGUUGCUUAAAAUUGGUUAGUGUAUUUUAAGCAACAGUAUAUAAAUGGAUACAGGUAUUUUCCAUUUAUGCAAUGUACAGAAAACUGUUCUGUAUUCAACAUUGACUAUACACGAAUUUGAGGUCUUUUCUCUCAAAGUUUACACAUCUCACUUACCUAUUCUUCUAGUGUGUUUCUAAGAAGUGGGCAUUAGGAAAGCAUUAGAAAGGUUCUGGGUUUGAAUCCCGGGCAAGGCAUGGAUGUUCUUUCCUUCUCUGUACUAUCUGUCCUCACUGCGGGAGCGACGUUGGCCCACCUAAUAUGGUGCCCCUGAAAGAGAGGCCAACAAAAUCGCCCUGUAAAUGCCUGAAUUGACGGAUGUUAACGCAGGUGGGCAUUGGAAGAAAAUGUUUCUAAGAAGUUAGUCCUACUUGAAUUAAACACUUAUAUGCUGUUCACUUGUAAGCACUGAGGUUCUAUAGUGACCUUGGAAACAUGAAUCUGCUACCAUCUGUGCUGCACUUCUCGAACUUAUAGUUUUUCGAGGCCACCUAGUCGGUGUGGUGGGUUAACUCUAUACCAAGUUAGGGUCGGCGUUCGAUUCCCCCGUUCUAAAGUCUGGAUUUCAGAUCGGACUGCACUGUCUUCGAUCAUUUCCUUUUGGUUAGGAAUCUACUCCAAUAGGAUGAUCCCAAAUCCUCGCUUGAUGCAAAAGAGAGCCAUCUACUGCCAUUUCUUUUGAUCUAAAUUUUCAUAGUGGUGUACGCAUAUGUUAAUAUUGUCUUUGGAUCAUCACUGAAGGAUGUCCCACUAGUUCAUUAGUAUAGUUUUAGUGCUACUUCAACAAUCAUACCAAAGAAAACCCAGUCUUUCAAGCACCUUUUGGUCGUGUUAUUUUUUUGUUUUGUUUAUUUUUAAAUAGGCAAAUACAGGCUUCUAAGCCUUUGUCAAUUUGAAGAACAAAUAUCACGAGUAAGAGAGGGACAUUACAAAGAUACUCCCAAUGCUACGGUGGUAUUCGAACCCGUUACCUCAACGCUACAUAAUGUUCGGCGGAACAGUGAGACCCGCUCGAUCAGGGAGGUCCCUCUUGAUUUUAUUUAAUGCUACACAUACCUAUGCAGGCUUGUCUGUUUAUUACAAAGACGUUUUAUAAGCCUUUGUCUGGUUGAAGAACACUUAUUACAAGUUAGGGAAGGCCACCACAAAGAUGCAUACAGGAUUCCGAUGGGAUUUGAACCCGCUACCUCCACGUUACAGAGUGUUGGGCGGAUGAGCCAGACUACUUGAAUAGGGAAGUAGUAAUUAUACGUUGCGUUGGAGCUGCACAAUCGGCUAUUGAUGACGAUCUGGGAAACAUAUACGAGGACCGAAGACAUGGCAUCACAAUUUUGAUCCUCUGCUAAGGGAAUGGACCCCCCCCCUUUGGUAACCUGAAAUCGAGCACUUUAGGGUCAAAGUUGCCACCCUCCCCCUCACUGACCGCUGCCGGUGAUGUUUGACUUCGGUGAUUUACUGGGAACCGUGUCUUACAUUCAGCUCAAUGUUGGACUAGAUAGGGAGGCAAUGGCUUCUCUUGACUGUGUUUAAGAAUGCAUUUGUGGGGGAACGAACUGGUAGUAGGUACCAAUCUAUCAAUCAGAACCUAUAAACCAAUCAAUUAAUCAAUCUACCUACCUCUUUUCAUAGUGUACGUGUAUUAGUUUAUUAAGAUGCUGUUUUGUACAUAUAUCAAGAGAUUUCGAAUAUCUUAAAUGAAUUUCACUGCAAAGUAAGGCAACCAAUGGACCCGUCUUGCGUGGAUGCAAGACAAGGGCGCCAGUAGAGGAAUGCAGAAAGCUCUGUUACCCACCUCCACGUCCCAGAAGAGCCCCUCUAUCAAGAAUCACUUGAAGAACUGCAUCGACGAUGGUUACUGCUCUUCUACAAGUACGCCCAAGUCCUCAGGGCAGCUGAGCACCACGGCUCCGGAGAAGGUGACCUGUGAGCUGCUGAGCGAUGGAGCCGCCGCAGCUUGCACGACGCUUCAGGGUGACCACUCAUCAGAAGAUGAUCAUCGAUCCACUCAAACCGAUGAUCGACCAACGUGGAGUAAAAAGGCCGAUUUUCUCCUCUCGAUUAUCGGCUUUGCCGUGGACCUCGCCAAUGUCUGGCGAUUUCCUUACCUCUGCUACAGAAAUGGAGGCGGCGUUUUUCUUAUACCGUACCUCCUGAUGCUAGUGUUUGGUGCAAUGCCACUUUUCUAUAUGGAACUGGCAUUGGGCCAGUAUCACAGACAGGGACCAAUAAGUGUUUGGAAAAUAUGUCCUAUCUUUAAAGGCGUAGGAUUCUGCGCCGUCUUGAUCUCGUGGUAUGUUUCAUUCUACUACAACGUGAUCAUUGGCUGGACCAUUUACUUCAUGGUGUCUUCUCUAACAUUAGAGUUGCCCUGGGUCAGAUGUGGAAACGCAUGGAACACCGACCUGUGCCGCGGCGGAUACAAUGAGACGGAGAAACUGUUCGACAACUCAACGGAUGGUGUCCACAAGAACUGGACGAGUCCUGCACUGGAGUUUUUCGAUCGGGGAGUCCUUGAACUUCACCUGAGCUCUGGUUUUGAUGACUUAGGUGCACCAAAAUGGCAGCUGGUUCUGUGCGUCUUUUCCGUCUUCGUCAUUCUCUACUUUGCUCUCUUCAAAGGGGUCAAGUCAUCCGGAAAGGUGGUGUGGGUGACAGCGACUGCCCCUUACGUCAUUCUGACUAUAUUGCUAUUUCGAGGUGCUUUCCUUCCGGGAGCAGCUUCGGGGGUCCAGUAUUACAUAAAUCCAGAUAUCUCUAAGCUGUUCAACUCACAGGUGUGGGUAGAUGCUGCUGUGCAAGUGUUCUUUUCAGUAGGAGUAGGUUUUGGAGUGCAUUUAACAUACGCAUCAUACAAUAAUUUUCACAACAAUUGCUACAGGGAUUGUCUAGUGACAACAGCUGUGAACAGUUUCACAAGCUUCUACAGUGGGUUCGUCAUCUUCAUUUUCCUUGGUUACAUGGCCCACAAACAUGGAGUGCCCAUCAACAAAGUGGCCACGGAAGGUCAUGGUCUUGUAUUCCAGGUGUAUCCUGAAGCCAUAGCAACUUUACCCGGUGGUCAGUUCUGGGCUGUUCUCUUCUUCAUCAUGCUACUCAGCCUAGGUCUGGACAGUGCGAUGGGCGGUCUUGAAUCAGUAAUAACUGGACUUAUGGAUGAAUUCAAGGAUUUUUUUGAUCGCCGGAAAUACAGUCGAGAGAUUUUUACGUCUGUCGUCCUCUUCACAUCAUUCAGCAUGACCAUCAUAAACGUCACAAGGGGAGGUGGUUAUACCAUGCAUUGGUUCGAUAGUUAUUCCGCAAGUAUAUCAUUGUUAUUCUCUGCUCUGUUUGAAGCUAUUGGAGUAGCUUGGCUGUAUGGUAUUGGGCCAUUUAGUGAGAAUGUGAAAGAAAUGCUAGGUCAUAAACCUGGUCUGUACUGGAGACUAUGCUGGAAAUUCAUCAGUCCUGCCUUCUUAAUUGCAGUAAUUGUGUCGGCCAUCAUCAAUAACCCACCUCUGAAGUAUAACAACUAUCUCUAUCCAGGAUGGGCUGUAGCAUUAGGAUGGGGCUUUGCUCUAUCUUCAGUAGCGAUGGUACCCGGAUAUGCAUGCUAUAAACUUUGUAAGGCAAAGGGUACUUGCUCAGAGAGAAUAGCAUACUCUAUCACUCCGUAUCCUGAAAGAAAAAAAUUCAAAGAGUCAGGAACUAUAACCAGAUUUAAGCUGAAACACUGGACAAAUGUGUAAAAGCCAAUAUGUUGUUAGCUGAUUUCAUCCAGAAAAAACUGAACCUCAUCUUUGGUGUCACAAAUACAGAGAAAAACUUUGGUACCACAAAAUAAUGUGAAGAAAAUAUAUACACUCCCAACGGAGACAGAAAAUACUUUUUGAACUUUAAGCACUGUGUUAUAAGUUGUAAUAUGUUGUAUGUUCUAAAUUUCAUUUUCAUCAUAAAUUUUUAAAUACUGCUACUUCAAGUACUUUCUGUAAGCAUAUAAUAUUAUAACAGAAGCUUGGGAAGGAGAAAUAAAUCAAGAACUACAUUUAAAAUGCUUGAUUAACAAAAAGGAGUUAAGACAAAAAAAUUUUACAGCUAUUUUUCCCCCCUUUUAAAGAAAAGAAGAUUUCAAAGUCUGAAAUAUUACUUCAAUAUACAAAUAAUUCUAAUCUUACCAAAGAAAUCCAUGGAGAAGAAAGCUGAAACACAUAGAAAGCAAAGUUUGAAGCCAUCAGAAGAUUUUGUCUUGCAAGAAAAUAUAAUUCAGACAAGUUCAAGAAGCAAACUUGUGACUUUCUGCAUCAUCCAUUUUAAAACAAUCUAGUGCGUGAUGAAAUUGUCUGAAACAAUUUAAAAAUCAAUUUGUAGAAGAUAAAAUCUAUCAAUAAAUUGAAAUGAAGCAAACACUGCAAGACUCACAUGAAAACAGUUUCCAUGAAAAAGCUUUAUGUAUUAAUGCCCUGCAAAACUAAAUGUUAUUAAAACAAGCAGAUCAUGCUGUAAUUUGCUUAAAUGUGCUAAAAUUUUUCAAUUAAACACAUGCUGUUCAGGAAAAUUUUUUCCACAAACAACUCAGUUGCUUAGCAACCAUUCCAGCAUUUGAUGCACCAGAUGCAAACCAAUUCAGAAAUAAUUUGUAUAACAUGAAAUGGAUAAAUAAUUAAGUUUGAUGCAGCGAAAAAAUUUUCGUUUGGAUAAAAAAAAAAGAGAGAGAGAGAUGAAGAAAGCAAGGACCAUAAAAUUUGGAAAAGCUUUAUGCAUAUAUUGUGUGCAAAUUAAUUACAGCAUAAAAACAAGAUUAUGACGUAAUUUGCUUGUUAAAUGAAGUAUGUACUUGAAUUUAUUUAAUUUUAUAACUUACAAAGGAACACAUGUUGUUCAGGGAAGAUUUUUCCACAGACAACUUUGUUGCUUAGCAACAAUAAGGAAAAUCAAAUUCAUCUCAGUUGUAAAGCAUUAAAAAGGACUUUUAUACUGUUAAUUUAUUGUCAUUAUUUUUAUUCGGAACAGUAAAUUAUUUAACAAAAUUUUC